AUGCGCACUUCUCCGUUGAAGAACUUCUUGGCAGGUUCCGCCCUCUGGGCCACCUCGAGCGCCGUCACCCUCUACGCGGCCGACUCGGGCGGAAAUGUCACGACGCUGUCGCUGACCGGAACCGCCGGCGGCAACUACAGCUUUUCCGUCGCCAGCAAGACGGCCGAGUGCGAUGUCAACCCCUCGUGGCUCACCCUCGACGGCGCCAACAGGGUCCUGUACUGCCUCGACCGGGGUUCCAACUCGGUGCCCAACGGCUCCUUAAACUCCUUCUCCAUCGGGGAGGGAGGCGCCCUGACCCGCAUCGCCCGCGUCUCGGCUCCCUUUAGCGGCGUCGCUGGCGAGAUCGUCACCACGCCCUCUGGCGUCCGGGGUUAUGUCUCUGCUUCAUACAACCGAAGCGCGGCGGCCGUCUUCGCCCUCGGCGACAAGGGCGCCCUCCCGGGCACCGGUCCCCUUCAGGAGUUCUUCCCGACGCUGAACCAGACCGGGCCCGUCGCCUCGCGCCAGGACGCGAGCUACCUGCACCACGUCAUCAACGACCCCAAGGGCCAGUACGUGCUGCUGGCGGACCUGGGCGGCGACGUCGUCCGGGUGUACACGUACGACGAAGGGGCCGUGGCGCCGCUCAAGGAGAUCCCGGGCCUCGUCACCGGGCCCGGCGUCGGGCCCCGCCACGGCGUCUUCCGCACCGCCGCCAACGGCGACGUCUUCUUCUACUUCAACGGCGAGCUCGACCAGAACAUCUACUCGUACAAGGUCGAGUACAAGGAGACCGGCCUGGCGUUUACCAAGGUCUUCUCCAUCCCCGCCAUCAACGCCGACCUUCCCGCGACGAAGGCGCCUACGAGCGAGAUUGCCAUGACCCCCGACCAGAAGUUCCUCAUCGUCUCCAACCGCGACGUCUCCUUCCGCGACUCCCCGAUCCUCGGCUCCGGGCCCUCGGACACCAUGUCCACCUUCGCCAUCAAGGAGGACGGGACCCUGGAGCUGGUGCAGCUGGCGCCGUCCGGCGGGUGGUCGCCGCGGCAGUUCUCCAUCAACAAGGCGGGCGAUCUCAUCGCCGUCGGGCACCAGAACAACCGCACCGUCGUCAUCUGGAAGCGCGACCUGGCGUCGGGCAAGAUCGUCCCCGAGGCCGAAGGCGGCAAGGUCGGGCAGGUUCAGCUCACGGGCGCUGUUGUCGCGACCAUCUGGGAUGAAUAG